AUGUCCCCUGAAAAUGACUACCUCUUCUUCAACUGCAGCAAGGAUCAUGUGAUCGUCGAGCCGAAGCCUAACUUCUGUCGAAGGUUUCCCGACGAGUGCGGUUCUUCAUGUGAUAGCGGUAGUUAUCUUUGCAGGCAUUUAACUGAAUGUGCCACCCCAGUUCGUGGUAGUUUUUGCUGCUCGUACAACCCCAAGUGUUUUGGAGAACUGUUGGUGCAACUGCAGAUUCUCCAUAUAACCAAUAGUCCAGUGUCAGGAUCCAUAUAUGGGAGCCGGAACAUGCGGAUUCGAUAUGAACUUCCAGUGUCAGGGACUGUAACUGCGGUUAAAGCUGCCGGAGCCAUAGGAAUUGGGAUCAGCAUUUGGUUCUUGAAGAAAGUAUGA